GAAGAAGUUUUCCCUUAUCCAGAAAUUAGCAAUGAAGAACUAGAGGAGAUCAACCAGUUUGUAGGACCUGUAGAAAAAUUCUUCAAUGAAGAAGUGGAUUCUAAGAAGAUUGAUCAAGAUGCAAAAAUCCCACCUGAAACUUUAAAAGGACUGAAGGAUCUGGGUCUCUUUGGCAUGCAGAUUCCAGAAGAAUAUGGUGGUCUUGGUCUAUCAAAUACCAUGUAUGCACGUUUGGGAGAAAUCACUUCUUUAGAUGGAUCUAUCGCAGUUACUCUGGCAGCUCAUCAAGCUAUUGGGCUUAAGGGAAUCCUUAUUGCUGGCACUGAUGAACAGAAAGCAAAGUACCUGCCUAGACUGGCAUCUGGGGAGCACAUUGCAGCUUUUUGUCUCACUGAACCUGGAAGUGGAAGUGAUGCUGCGUCCAUCCAGACAAGAGCAACCCUCAGCGAAGAUGGGAAGUACUUCUUAUUAAACGGCUCCAAGGUUUGGAUAUCAAACGGUGGCCUUGCUAAUAUUUUCACAGUAUUUGCUAGGACAGAGGUUGUUGAUAAAGAUGGACAACUAAAAGACAAAAUUACUGCUUUCAUCGUAGAGCGAGAUUUUGGUGGAGUCACCCAUGGGAAACCUGAGGAUAAGUUAGGCAUUCGAGGAUCCAAUACUUGCGAAGUACAUUUUGAAAACACAAAAGUGCCUAUAGAGAAUGUAAUUGGAGAAGUAGGAGGAGGAUUUAAGGUUGCCAUGAAUAUCCUAAACAGUGGAAGGUUUAGCAUGGGCAGUGCAUCUGCUGGAAUGAUUAAAAAAUUGAUAGAAAUGACAGCAGAGUAUGCUUGUACCCGGAAACAAUUCAAUAAGAAACUGAGCGAAUUUGGAUUAAUUCAGGAGAAGUUUUGUUUUAUGGCUGUGAAAGCAUAUGUAAUGGAGAGUAUGGCUUACCUCACUGCAGGAAUGAUGGACAGGCCAGGGUUUCCAGACUGCUCCGUGGAGGCAGCCAUGGUCAAG